AUGGUUGAUGAUACUUGCUACAAAGUUUGCCUCAUUCUUUUGGCACUUUUUCUUCCCCCUGUAGCUGUUUUGAUAAAAGAUGGAAUUGGACUUCAAUUUAUACUAAAUAUUCUUCUUUUUAUUUUUGGUGCAUUACCAGGAAUCGUCCACGCUAUAUGGGUCUGUUUUGUUCGUGUUCCAGAAGAAAAUCAACUCCAAGGACCAUGA